AUGGUGAGGGUUCGUUGCCCAGCACAGAGAUUGUCAGUCUCUUUCCUGGUUGGGCCGCCCGAAGCCAUAAGGCCGUUUGAAGUCGAAGCUUUCAUUUCUGGGUAUGCCGUCUCUCAUAGAUCUCUGGAAAAUGCAAGCCGUACCCAACGAACUUUUAUUCGUCUGGCCAAAAGUUUUGCGGCAUUGCCGAAACUUGUUGAGGAUCCUAACGCAGCGCCCAACACACUAUACUCUGUUCCUUUGACGGCCUCGACAGAAGAACUCCUCAAGCAAGUCAAACUUCCUCCACGUCCUACAGAAAUAACAGAAGGUUAUGAAAUAGAAGCUUUAGAGCGUGAAUAUCAACGAAUAAGGGAUAAUAAUUCUGACUCUGCAUCCUCUUCUCCCUCGUCCUCGAUAUCGGACCUUCCGCAGGAUGCCCCUAUAUCGGAGGCAUCUACCAUUUCUCCUGAAGUUUUUCGUCGUCUUCACGCUAACCUCGAGUCUCGCCUACAACCUUUUUGGUUCUCAGCAGUUGCCAACCGCACUAUCCGCCUUCACCUCUUCGCAUCACCACACCAAAAUCCUCCUCGCGCUGAUUCUAUUGACGAGACCGAUGCCUUGGGCAUUGAAAAACAUAAAGCACUAGCUACUCACGAUGUUUUUACCGGCCCAGAUGGAAGUUUUCAAGCGCGGUUCAAAGUUGAUUGGGAAGCCAUGUGUCAGCAUUCUGAAGCGUUGCACAUUGCAUUCGGUGAUGCCGUGGCAGAGCAUAACUUCAAGGUUAUUGCUCAACUCAUGCCACCAACCUUGACCCCCUCUCCUCAAGCUCCUCCUGUAGUCCAAACAUCGCCUGCUUCGUGCAUGAUCAAGAUUCCGAUUACUCACUGCCCCAUACGCGUCAUCUCUGAUAUUGACGACACAGUGAAGAGGUCAGAUAUCAUGAGUGGCGCGCGCGCGGUAUUCAAGAACGUGUUUGUGAAGGAACUUCAAGAGAAUGUUAUCCCAGGGAUGGGGGAAUGGUAUCAAAGUAUGUUUACAAGGGGUGUGCGCUUUCAUUACGUAUCGAAUGGCCCUUUUGAGAUUCUUCCUAUUGUAAACGACUUCCUCAAAGUCGCAGGGCUUCCCCCUGGUUCGAUAAAACUCAGGUCCUAUGCUGGCCGGUCUUUGUUCAGUGGACUUCUUUCGGCUCCCGCCGCUCGCAAACGCGCUGGGCUCGUUGACAUCCUGGAUUCCUUCCCCGAGUCAAAGUUCUUCCUCAUUGGAGACUCUGGAGAGCAAGACUUGGAGCUCUAUGCUGAUAUAGCACGCGAACGUCCUGACACUAUCCUGGCAGUGUUCAUCAGAGACGUGGAUUCGGGAGAGCCAAUCAAUGACCCUACUGGCUGGGAUGUGAUGGAUGCAGCUGGGACCAGACCUUCGUCUGCUCCACUCGUCCCCAGGUCUGACAGUACCACCACUUCUCCUGUUGAUUCUGUCGAUCGCGCCAACCAGGAGACCAUCUUCGUAGGCAUGAAGAGAGCCCUAUCUGAUCAUGUGAUUAGUCGCUUGAGCUCAACCUCUUCGGGCUCCGCGACUUCUUCCCAGAAGAAGAAAACUUCUUUGCUCAGCGUUUUGGAAAUACCAGAAAAUGGGUCACAGUAUUUCAGCUCAGCACCGAUCAGCGAUGAGCCUGAGGCUUUCGCGAAUGGAAAAGGCGGAGAGUUAUGGCCCCCAUCAUCAACAGCUCAAGCCUCCACAACCACCUUCUCCGGACCAUCACCAAGCCCCACCGAAUCUUCGUUGAAGUCACCUCUCUCCACACGCGUCUAUGCGAAGUUGAUCAACAAGGCCACACCACCUCUCUCAUUAUCUAUCAAGUCCUCUGCCAUGCAAUCGAACUCCUCCUUCGCCUCGACGUCAUCCAUGGAACCUACGAGGAAAGCGUCACUUCCCGAUGCACAGAGGAGGAGGAGUGACUUGCAGAUGCGGGUUUGUCGUGCGCGUAUGCAGAUUCCGGGACAUAUUCCGUUGAGGAUCUUUCGAGAUCCUAGAUAAUUUGAGGGGACUCCUUUUGAGGGCAACCGGGUCGACAUAACUUGUAAGGGGCUUCCACUGGCUGGAAUGCAUCAUGUAUAAGGUACAUAAACGAUUAGUGUAGUACUUAGUUAUACAGUAGGGACACGGUAAUGAUUAUUUCACUAUAUUUCGC